AUGAUAACCUUUGAUGAUGUGUGUGAAGACGAGAUGGAAGGCGUCUUACUGAGAUACAUAGACAUUCCAUACUUCAGGAACAAUCCGUCGUACAUAUCCCUCUGGCAGAGAUAUUAUUAUAAGACCAAGGACCCGGGUGUGCUUUUUCUGAUGAGGCAUAAGAAGAUAUCCCGGUACUACCAUUGGAUUUAUGUGGAGUUUUCAAGGUUCUUUAUGAAAAGCGGCCAUUGCGGGAUGUCCAAGGCAGCUCUUGGUAUGGGAAUGGCAUGCGGUGCAUACGAUCGGAAGAUUCUGGAGGACGAGCUUAAAGGCAUUCUCUCCUCUGCCGUCCCAUGCACAGAGCACGAAGCCAAUGCACUGAUGAAUCCAAAGGGAUUUGUUGCGCUGGGGAGGGUGUGGAACUCAUACCGGGAGAUUCUGUUCUACAACCGAGAGCUCUUUGUUCUUGAUAAGGAGGAGGUGUCCUUUGAAGAAUAUAGAAGCAGAACGCAUACCCAUCUUCCAAAGAAUGGGAGCCAAAGGUUCUCUUAUAGUCACGAGAUCAUUGAGCAGCAGCAAGUGGGAGACAAAAUAGAUGGAGAUCCGGCCGAGGGUAUGGAAGGUGUUCUAGAUACAGAGCAGGAGAUAGUGAUUGACGGAUCCACUUACUACAUCAAAGAGGUGAUUGACGGAAAAAGGUAUAGGAUGAUAUCCAUACCUGACGGGAGCUCUGAAACUCAAGAGGACGAAGGAGAUGCUUUACUUCACGAGGUACCAGAAUCUGCCGUGGACUUAAUCUUGAGGCUAAAUCCCGACCAUGUUCCUCGAUUUACGGUGAAGAUACUGGGUUCAAGAACGUUUCUGUUCUACAGGCUUUAUCAGCUUGGCUCUCUAAAAGAUUGCUUAGAUGUGUCUAGUAGCAUGGGAUCCGAGAUAGUUCUAUACUUUGUAGGACAGCUCACUGGAAUAUUCAAUGCAAUGGAAAAGGAAGGAUAUAGGUUCACUUCAUUCUCACUAGAAAGCCUGUCUGUCUCCGAAGACUGCAGACUCAAGAUUGUUGACUUCGAUUGGGCCUCAGAUGGUUCAGGAGCCAAUUGCGGCGAGGUUAUUAGAGACAUUCUAUCGCAGUACACCAGCUUUUCUGCUGAUCAGCAAGACAUUGCACAAAGAAUUGACGACAUUCUCAAAAGGACCAAUAUGAAGCAGGUUAUGACAAAGUACAAAAUACAUCUCUACGAAAGAAUAUGCGGGUUCUCAUGA